AUGGCCGCAGCUCUCGCACUCCCCUUUGCCUUCAUUCCCUUGUUUGGAGUAACAGCUCUUCUCAACAAUGACCAAUUCAAACAAAAUGUCUUUGGCAAAGAUUCAAAACCUAAGGAUAUCCAGCACACAAAGUUGAUGGCUUUGGCUGGUACGGCUGCUCCUAUAGCUAUGCUGUAUGCACGUGCCUCACGAGGUGUCAGCGUUCGUUUCCUGCCUCUGACCUUGCUUGGAGCGGCUCUCAAGACUGUUGGUAUCUUUGGAAGUGCGCAAGCUGUGCUUGCUCCCAACCCGAUGAUGGAUGUGUUCUUGAACGGCCAAACCAGGACUUCUUGGGGUGCGCACAACACGAAACCUGAAGGUCUUGUUCGAGUUACCAGGCACCCAUUGAGUUUCAGUGUUGCUGCUUACUCUGUUGGAAAUCUCAUCACGCGCUUUUCACCUACGGAUAUGAUUUUCUGGACAGGCGUUGGAGCUUUCUCUGUAUUCCAUGCUUAUCUUGAAGACAAGGCCAACAAGCCUGUCUUGGGUGAAGCGUUCUACAACCAGACUAGUUUCACCCCUUUCCAAGCCAUUCGUGAAGACCGUCAAAAAAUCGCUGAUGUAAAAGCUGAGAUUCACGAGAAGGCAAUUGCAUUUACCACGUUGGCGAGCCCGCUUUUCCUACUUUGA